AUGAUAGUUGUUAAUGGAAAAGAAAAUUUAAUAAAUUGCAUUUUAUUUUUGUUUCAGGGCCGAUGUAAUCGGGAAAAACCCCCGUGCAAAUAUUUCCAUCCACCACAACAUCUGAAGGACCAGCUUUUGAUAAACGGGCGUAAUCAUUUGGCCCUAAAGAACGCGCUGAUGCAGCAGAUGGGUCUUACACCGGCCCAGCCACUAGUGCCUGGCCAGGUACCAGCAGUGGAGGCACCAGCACCUCCGGCACCACACCAUCACCUUCAACAGCAAAUCCAGCAGCAACUUCUCGCUACCCACGCCUUUAUGGCGACGAAUCCGUACCUGACCGGUAUGCCGCAGGUUGGCAACACGUACAGCCCGUAUUUCGCGCCCAGCCCCAUCAUGCCAGCGAUCAUGGGGCCUGCGGACCCAACCGGAGUCGGAAGCCCAUUGGGCGUGGUCCCGCAGACGGUGGCGAUGCCGCAGAAGAUGCCACGUACCGACCGCCUCGAGGUAUGUCGCGAGUUUCAACGCGGGGCGUGCAAACGCGGCGAGACGGAGUGCCGGUUUGCGCACCCCCUCGAGACGGUGCAGGCGAACGAGGACGGCUCUGUGACGGUCUGCAUGGACGCUGUCAAGGGCCGAUGCAAUCGGGACCCCUGCCGCUAUUUCCACCCCCCUCUGCACCUUCAAGCCCACAUUAAGGCCGCACAAUCUCGGGCUAGCAUUGCGACGGCGACUAUGCCGACGAACGUAGCGGGAAUGGGCGCGUUGGCUGGCGGAGUGUCAGGAGUGCCGGCAACUGCGGUUCCCGGAGGACUUCAGAGCGCCAGUAUGGCAAGCAUCGAACUCGGCAAGAAGCGGAUGCGCGACUCCAAUGAUGAUCUGCUAAUGGUACCACGGCUUAUGCAUGAAAUGGACAUGAAGUCUGUCGGAUCGUUCUACUACGAGAACUUUGCCUUCCCAGGAAUGGUUCCGUAUAAACGACCGGCGGGCGACAAGUCCGGCAUGCCGGUCUAUCAGCCUACCGGCGCGACGACCUAUCAACAGUUAAUGCAGCUGCAGCAGCCCUUCGUGCCUGUGUCAUGUGAGUACACUGGAACACCACCCCUACCCACCCAAACCUCUAACCAAUCGGUCGUGCAACCCCCGAACGUGCAAAGCAACCACCACGCGGUGGUAGUUCAGUCCUCCUCCUCCUCCCAAGGAACCGGCGGCGCCACAGUCAAUAACUGCGCCGACGCCAACAAUGGCGUGAUGAUGGAUCCCUGCAACAACCCACCGCCACCACCUCCAACCGCCGACAAUAACAGUAACAAUAGUAACGUGAAUAACAAGCAGCCGAAUCCAACGCAGAAUCACGAUGCCGAAAACGCGCACAACUCCCCCGAAUUGAAUCACGCGAGUCCCGCGACCAUUUCGCAGCAACAGCAACAGCAACAGCAACAGCAACAGCAGCACCAACAGCAACAACACCAACAGCACCAACAGCAACAGGCUCAGCAGGCUCAGCAGCAGCAACAGCAGCAACAACACCAAUUGCAACAACAGCAUCAACAGCAACAAUUGCAGAACCAAUUGGCGCUGUCGGCCGCCAGCGUGCAACCCGCGAUGAGCCCGUUGACCUCGGUCGCCGGCCUAACCUCGAUGCCAGGCGUGGUCAUGGCCUCGAUGGCCUCGAUGACGAACGUGCCCUCGGUCACGAACAUGGUGUCCAUGGCCAACUACAACGCCACGAACAUGGCAAGUUUA